CGCAGCAUAAGCGGGUUAAAGUGGAUUACCAUUACCAUACAGUAACAACACGCCCAACUACUAUUAAACACCUUUUGAAUUAUGCAGUGUUUUGCAGCCUAGCCCACGAACGGUGACAGCUUCAAACAUCAGAAUGUCCCACCCACAGAUGGAAGUCCACAUAGGCCUACUUUGCUGAUUGUCUGGAGCCAUGGCGUAAGUGCCUAUACUAAAACGAUAUUUCAGUUUGAGUUCAAACGCCAGAAGCAGAUAUUGGUAUCAGGAGGCAAGAUGUCCAACACUGUGAAAAGCAUUUCUGUGACUUACAAUCCUAUCAACCAGGGCAAUACCUUCAGCAGCGGGGAUUUUAUAUCGGGACAAGUCAUUCUGGAUGUAGCGAAGGACACACAAAUACAGUCGUUGAGUGUGAAAAUUAAAGGGAAAGCAGAGGUGUGCUGGUCCGAGCGUCAUGGUCAAACAACUAUUGUUUACUCGGAUAAGGAGAAGUAUUAUUCCGUGAAGAGGUUUUUCGUUGUGGAGGACAAAACCCAUGGUAAUGACCGUGAGAUGCUGAAAGAUCCCUCCGGACAGCCGUAUUCUUCAGUUGUUGCACCAGGGCGUCACGUUUACCCAUUCACCUUUCAGCUGCCUCAACAACACUUCCCACCAACCUUCAAAGGUUCAGUUGGAAAAAUUGUCCACGCUUUGGAGGCAAAGCUAGAAAGAUCAAUGCGUGUUUCUAGCAAAGACAAAGCAGAGUUUCACUAUGUCUCCAGACCGGAUGUGUCCAAUCCUGAACUAAUGGCACCUCAGUAUGGAACCAAAGAUAAACAAAUGAAACUCUUCACCUCUGGAAGUGUCUCCAUGAACAUAAACACUGAGAAAAUGGGAUACUACCUUGGAGAGGGCUUGAAAGUUUUGGCUGAAGUUCAGAACAAUUCUUCCCGUUCAAUCAAGCCAAAAUACUGCCUGUAUGAAAAACACAGUUUUUUGGCAAAAGGCAAGAGAAGACUUCACACACAUAACAUUCUUAAAGAUGAAGGGGAACCCAUUGAGCCAAACUCAAAGAAAUCUGUCACCAAAGUGCUGUCCAUUCCUCCCAGCCUCACCAUCUCUGUCCUAAACUGUAGGAUCCUCAAGGUUGAAUACAGACUCAGGGUCUACCUGGAUGUGCCGUAUGCCUCAGAUCCAGAGAUAAAGUUCCCAGUUGUGAUUCUUCCUCCUCAGCCCGCUAGAAACAGUGACUUUGGAAUCUGGAAUCCACCACCAGGAAGCAAUAUGUACCCCAACCCAUCUCCUAUGGCUCCACAAGCCCCACCACAUAAUGUGGUUGGACCACCUGGUCAGUUUGGAGCUCCUGGUUACCCUGGUCCUCCUCAUGUUCAGUUUGGACCUCCUGGUUACCCUGGACCUCCUCUUGCUCAGUUUGGUGCUCCUGGUUACCCUGGUCCUCCUCUUGCUCAGUUUGGUGCUCCUGGUUACCCUGGUCCUCCUCUUGGUCAAUUUGGUGCACCUGGUUUCCCUGCACCUCCUGGUCAAUUUGGUCCAAAUUCAUACCAGCCUGAGCCAUCAGCUCCACCUCCAUAUCAGGACUAUCAAUCAUAUCCAAAGUUACCUGACCGCCCUGAAAAAUCUUGACUAAAGUCUAAAACUAAAAUCACCUUCUUGGCUUCUUUUAUCACUGGACAGUCUUAGAACUUUGAAAAUAGAUAAAUUUGAUAAAUCCUUUCCUUAUUUAAUUAUAUAGUAGAGUGUUUUCUAGAAAUUUACAUAUUGAUACAUAUGUUAUUCUUUUUCUAAUGUGACUGAUACAAGUAGAACAUGUUUGUAUAUUGGUUUCAUUUGUGACAUGACCCAAAUCGAUCAGCUGAGGACAGUUUUAAACACUGCCAGAUAUUUUAUAAUUAGGGACUUAGUAACGUUAAUUUGUCAUAUAAUACAAUUUUAAAAUGCUGUCUGAACCCUUCUACCCCCAAACCCCUUUGGCUCCUAACUGUUGAUAGAGCAUUUAUUAUGUUUGCUCAGGUAUCAGCUGUCAAGGUCACAUGAAAAUUUAAAAAAUGUUGUAAUUAUAUUACAGUAUAUAGAAAAUGUAAUUUUGUUGAGAAUCAUCCUCAAACUCAAUCUUGAACUUGGUAAAACAAUUAUCUUUAUUUAAAGUAUUUCAAGUCUUAUUAUUUUUCCUUUUGUUACAAAUCAUACUGGGAGGUAUGCUAAAAUUAUAAACUAUAGCUUUUGCCAAAAAUACCACAGUUUUGAAUUGAAAUAGUAAUUUUUGUGUGAUUCAUGUAGAGUUGAUGAAUUGUUCAUGUUUUUGUGGUAUGUCAAUUUUAAUAGUGAUUUUAUAAUGUCUAAAUAUAAAUCUAAAAGCAGAGCACGCAAAAACGUCUGUAUUACACUGUAAAAAACAAAAAACACAAUUUGUUGAGUCAGCUUAAAA